UCUCCCGUCAGGCCGCGGAAGGAAGGUUGUCAAAGCUUAGGGAAGCAGCUCUGGGCUGCCUGGGAUUUCCCAGAGUCGCCAGGUCCCACUUUGAGGAUGGAGCGGUCGCGGGGAGCCAGCGCCCCGGACCCGGACGAUGUCCGGCCUCUAAAACCGUGUCUGCUACGCCGCAAUCACAGUCGUGAUCAGCACGGCGUGGCAGCCUCCAGUCUGGAGGAGCUGAGGAACAAAGCCUGUGAACUACUGGCCAUCGAUGAGUCCCUGACACCGAUCACCCUGGUCCUGGCAGAGGACGGGACGAUAGUGGACGACGAUGACUAUUUCCUAUGCCUCCCUUCCAAUACCAAGUUUGUGGCGUUGGCCUGCAAUGAGAAGUGGAUAUAUAAUGACUCGGAUGGAGGGACGGCUUGGGUUUCUCAAGAGUCCUUUGAGGCGGAUCAGCUGGACAGCGGGGCAGGGGUGAAGUGGAAGAAUGUGGCCAGGCAGCUGAAAGAGGAUCUGUCCAGCAUCGUCCUGCUCUCGGAAGAGGACCUCCAGGCACUCAUCGACACCCCGUGUGCAGAGCUGGCUCGGGAACUCUGCCAAAGCUGCGCUGCUGUCCAAGGGCUGCAGAGCACACUCCAGCAGGUGCUUGACCAGAGAGAGGAGGCCCGCCAGUCCAAGCAGCUCCUGGAACUCUAUCUCCAGGCCCUGGAGAAAGAGGGCAAUAUCUUGUCCAACCAGAAAGAGUCCAACGCUGCCCUCAGUGAAGAGCUGGAUGCAGUGGACACUGGCGUCAGCAGAGAGACGGCUCCAGAAGUGAGGCUCAGAAGCCAGAUCCUUACCGCACUGAAGGAGAAGCCAGCCCCAGAGCUGAGUCUGUCUAGUCAGGAUUUGGAGUCGGUCUCCAAGGAGGACCCCAAAGCCCUGGCUGCGGCUCUGAGCUGGGACCUAAAGAAGGCAGAGACAGCCCGGCAGGCCUGUGCCGCGGAGCUCGCCCUGCGCCUGCAGCAGGUGCAGAGCUUGCAUUCCCUCAGGAACCUUUCGGCGACGAGGAGCCCGCUGCCCGGGGAGCCUCAGAGUCCCAAGCGAGCCAAGCGCGACUUCUCAUAGCCAAGCCUGAAGAAGACAAGCUUCGCAGAGGACCUCGGGUCUGCAGUCCAGAACCACCUCCUGCCCGCAGGGUGCCCGAAAGCGGCUCCAAGGCUGCGCAUGCGCCCCUCGGCCUUUUAACAUACUGGGAUUUUAACAUACUGUGCUCUUAUCUGUAGGAGUGUUUCGCCUGCUUGUAUGUCUGUACCUCGUGUCCAUGAAGGCCAGGAGAGUGUCCGGUCCCUUGGAACCAGAGUUACCUUGCGGACAGCUCUCAGUAGCCACGCGUGCUGGGAAUCCACUCCUGGGCGUUUGGAGGCGUGGCCCGUGCUCCUGGCCACCCACCGAGCCGUCUCUCCAGCCCCCGGGAUGUGCUUAGCUGUGAGGCCUUAGGUUCCAAGCGAAAGUGCUAGUCAAGGGCAGUCAAGACCUGUCACGUACUCGGCCUUGACUUCUUUACGCUACAACUUGAACAAAAGAGCUUUAGACACCGGAUGGCGGAGAAAAGGCGCCAAGAGCAGCGAUCGAUGGAGGCCAGGAACCUUCUGUGAAUGAGUGCAGUUGCUUUUUGCUUAAAGGCACAGACUGCAUCUGCGGAGCCCAGGGACAAGGAGUCUCACCCACCAUCUCUAUAGCUGACUCAGUGUUGCGAGGCUGUUACCACUGUGAAACUUCAGUCCCUUUUCUAAUAUGUUUUGCCAGCGGGGGGUAGACGGAGUCAUUAAGCGAGUCCCGGGCUCUGCCACUCAGGUUUCUCUCUGCAGACCAGGGCACUUCUAGUUUUCCUCUGCUGUCUCUACUCAGAGUUCUACAACUUCUGCAAUCUACAGUGCUGUCUGCUUUCAGGGAAAGGACGCCGAGUUACAGGUCACUUGACAUUCACACAUGCUGGAAGAAAAUAGUGCUAGCAAGUCUCCAGCACUCUUACCUCUUCCUGUGUGUGUGUGUGUGUGUGCGCGCGCACACGCGCGCGCCUGCCUGCCUGUCUAUGUCUGUGUGCCUGCGCGUGUGUUCUGGGUACCGGGGAUUGAACUCGGGCUUCAUUCAUAGCCGCUGAGCACGUGCUCCCUAAUGAACCACACCCAGCCUCACACUGACAAAUGUAGCAUUAAGUCUCAGGGUAAAGGUGGGGUGCACAGAACAGAUAAAAAGAAUUGUUUCCUUGCCUACAGUGGGAGUCAGGUCUGUCGGCAGCUUUUAUGUCUAGUGCCUGACAGGUCCCGUUCCAAAUGUUGGUAUCAACAGCUCCUCCCACAUCCUCAAUCCUUAAAUAAAAGCCGUGGUCGAUCGUC